AUGGCUCUGCGGCUGAAGAGCAUCCUCCAUGACUUGGUCAAUCCCAUAUUUCCCCAGUACGGAAGCAGGCCAGCCUUUCUCGAAUUCCGUUCAUCCAAGGUCUUUAUUGUGUUCGCCGUGUGCUGGUCUGUCUUCACGGAUGUCUUCCUCUACGGUGUCGUCGUUCCCGUCAUUCCCUUCGCGCUCCAGAGUCGAGUCCAUGUGGCCCAUGCCGACACGCAGCACUGGGUUUCCGUGCUGCUCUCCGUAUAUGCAGCUGCAUUACUCUUCUUCGCCCCGGUCUUUGGCAUCAUGGCCGACCAGACAAGCUCUCGUCGAGGACCGUUUCUUGCAGGACUCGUCCUCCUGACCGGUUCAACUUUGAUGCUCUGUCUGGGCAAGACCAUCCCGGUGCUGGUGGUGGGCAGGUUGUUGCAAGGGGUGUCGGCGGCUGUGGUCUGGGUGGUCGCCUUGGCCCUCCUGGCCGAUACGGUGAGUGAGCAGGAAUCAGGUCAAGCCAUUGGCUAUGUCAGCCUCGCGACCUCACUGGGGGUCUUGGUGGCGCCGCUGAUUGGCGGUGUGGUCUACGAGCGGUCGGGAUACUACGCCGUGUUCGGGGUGACCUUUGCUGUCAUCGGAUUCGACAUCCUCUUGCGCCUGGCCUUGAUUGAGAAGAAGAUCGCUGCGCGGUGGCUGGAACCAGACGUUGCGACAGGUCAGCCAACAUCCACCACUCCCGCUCCGCCGGACAUCGAACUCGAGGACCGGAAUGAACCAACCGCUGUGGCCGAGAAAAAUGCGAAUUCGGCGGUGGUCGAGCCGUGCACCACGCGCCCUCGCCGAAAACUACCGUCCAUGUUGAUCCUGCUGAAGUCGCGACGGAUUAUGGUGGCAUUUUGGGGAAACCUCGUGGGGGCCAUGACAUUUACUGCCCUCGAUACGACUCUGCCCUUGUAUGUCAACCAAAUCUUUGGCUGGAACUCCCUGGGGGCCGGGUUGGCUUUUCUGGCGUUGAUUGUGCCGGGAUUUGCAGGUCCAUGGAUCGGCCAUCUAACAGACAAGUACGGCCCCCGCUGGAUUGCCGCGUCUGGGUUGGUGCUGUCCGUGCCUUUUUGGGUGUUACUCCGGCUGGUUGACCAUGACACCACCAGCCAGGCCGUGUUGCUGUGUGCUCUGCUGGUGCUCUUGGGAGCUGCCACCGCGCUUCUCUUGACCUCCCUGAUGGCCGAAUUCAGUAAGGUGUGUGAUGCAAAGGUGCGGCAGGAGCCUGAUGUGUUUGCUGGGAAAUCUGCGUAUGCCCAGAGUUAUGGGAUCUUCAACGUGUCGUGGGCUGGAGGGAGUCUGCUCGGACCAUUGGUAUCCGCAGCCGUCAAGAGUGCUGCAGGGUGGAAGACGAUGACGUGGACCAUGGGACUUUGGUGCGCCGUCGGGAUUCUGCCCACCAUUCUGUACUCGGGAGGUAUGAUCUCGAGGGGGAAACGACGCGGGAACAGUGGCGAAGGAGUAACGGGCGAUGAAAGUGCCUAG